AUGUUACCGCAGCACCUGAAGCAAAUCCGAGUCCUGAUGCUGCACGAGAAGGAGAACCUGGAGAGAACCCUGUUUAGGCUGGAACAAGGGUUCGAGCUGCAGUUCCGCCUGGGUCCCAGUCUCCAGGGCAGGAGGGUGUCGGUGCACACAAACUACCCCCUAGAGGGACAGCCGUUCAGACGCCAUGUGUUCAGAGCCAUGGCCUGGAACUUCCCCUCGGGCCGCGACGACGACUCCGACAAGUUCUGUUCCCUGGACCUGAAGAUGGCGGGCUCCUAUCAGUACUACUUUGGAUACGGGGGGAUAGAGCGCUCUGGAGGAGGUUACAUCGUGGUGGACCCGGUGCUGCGUGUGGGGCCUGAUAACCACGUCCUGCCGCUGGACUGUGUGACCAUCCAGACCUACCUGUCCAAGUGUCUGGGACUCCUGGACGACUGGCCCGACCGGCUCCGCGUUGCCAAGGAGACAGGCUACAACAUGAUCCACUUCACCCCCCUGCAGACCCUGGGAGAGUCUCGGUCCUGCUACUCUCUGGCAGACCAGCUGAGCCUCAGUCCUGGGUUCAGUCCUCCAGGCUGCAGCUACGGCUGGGAGGAGGUGGGGGCCCUGGUGGAGAGGCUCCGCACCGAGUGGGACAUGGUCUGCAUCACUGACGUGGUCUACAACCACACAGCCGCUAACAGCCCGUGGAUCCAGGAGCACCCUGAGUGUGGCUAUAACCUGGUGAACUCUCCACACCUCAGACCGGCCUGGGUCCUGGACCGAGCCCUGUGGCACCUCACCACCCGCAUGGGGGAGGGCCGCUACGAGGAGAGGGGCCUCCCUGCUGAGGUCACGGAGGACCAGCAUCUACAGGCCAUCCGCAGUGUGAUGUGGGAGGAGAUCUUCCCUCAGAUCAGAUUGUGGGAGUUCUUCCAGUUGGACGUGGACCAUGUGGUGCUGCAGUUCAAGGCUCUACUGAACCAUGGUGCGCAGUCAGGCCGCAGUGAGAGAGUCCAGGGCUUGAAGAUGGUCCAGGAUCCUGAGUUCAAACGCUUUGGAAACACUGUGGACAUGGACUCAGCUCUGGACAUGUUUGUACCUCACAGCUCCUCUGUGAACCAUGUGGAGGAGUGCUGUGGCCGCUUCAGACAGAGACUGUGUGAACUGAACCAGGAGCAGCUCCGAGUCGUGCAGCAGCACCAGGAACAGGGGACACUACUGAGACACGGCACAGGGGACACUACUGAGACACGGCACAGGGGACACUACCGAGACACGGCACAGAGGACACUACCGAGACACGGCACAGAGGACACUACCGAGACACGGCACAGAGGACACUACCGAGACACGGCACAGAGGACACUACCGAGACACGGCACAGGGGACACUACCGAGACACGGCACAGGGGACACUACCGAGACACGGCACAGGGGACACUACUGAGACACGGCACAGGGGACACUACUGAGACACGGCACAGAGGACACUACUGA